UCUUUUUACAAAGAAGACGAUUUAUAUGAAUCUAAAGCUAGCAAAAUAAAGAAACUUAAAAAAGAGAGAAAGUUAUCUCAACUAAGUUCUUCCGAUCAGUUAGAAUUGCUUUCUAAAGAAAGUGAGCUGGAGUCUGUUGCUGCUAAGCUAAAGGAAGAUUCGUUGAAGUAUCGAAUGCUUCAAUAUGGAUUUCGAAAACAUCAUAAACUUUGCAGUUCUGGAGAUUCUGCUCUACUCGUAUGCUAUUGCAUUCGACUUUUGCAAAGCAAACAAGUUUGUUGGGAAGAUAUCGAAGAGCGCUUUUCCUUGAAAAGUCCCGAACUUUCCACCGAAAGGACCUCGCUUUUGCAUUAUUUGUAUGAAAAAGCCGAGUCUAUUACACCGCUUAAAGAAAAUUUACUGCUGGAAGCUCAAGUCACGUGUCCGGAUAUUCCCAAAUAUUUUUCUCCAAUAGAAAAGAUCCGCGCUUACAUCUCUACAUUUACGGAUGAAAAAAAAUACUUUGGCAUUACAGAAAUGGCAGCGGGGGCCUACCGCGAUCAAUAUGUUUUGGUUAUAGUAAGGGAAGACCGCUCCACCCUAGAAGUUGUUGGGAUUGUUGCUCCUUUAAAUACUAACACAGUUUAUUAUUGUUUAUUCCACGAAAGCGGUUAUUUUGACUUACUUGAACCAGAAUCGGCUACAAAUAACUCUUCAAUUUUCCAAAAUGCUCCAAAAAUUAUUAAAAAUGACUUGGAAGAACUAUACCAACAGCAAGUAAAUCAACAACUUUCUUCUAUUUCUAAACAGAAAAAUUUUCGUUGCAGCGGAGCUGACUCGUCCGAAUCGAAAGCAAAUGAACUGAGGCAGUUGCUUGAAUUCGAUAAUAUUUCCUCAAACGAGCAAGACGCGUCUAAAGAUAUUUAUACUCCAAAUAAAAAUCAAAAGGUAUCCUCAAUGCUGCCCACCAACGAUUUUGAUUCGUUUUAUAAAACUUCUUUUAUUGGCAAUAAUAAGACUUCGGGAGAUCAAGACUUUUUCGAAAAGUCAGGAUAUAAAGUAAGUCAACCUCCUCAGAAAGACAAGCAACACUCCUCUACAAACCCUUUCCUUUGA